AUGAUUGUGGGUUCGUCUGAUGCAAAGGCCCCGGCACAAGAACUGGAGGUAACCGUCAAGUCUGCGCAAGGUCUGCGCGAAGCAAGUCAUGCUGGAACAACAGAUCCUUACUGUGUUGUCGAAGUGCUGGGAUCCCAAAGCCGGUUCCAGACAAAAACUUUGCAGCGUACUGUGAAUCCCGUUUGGGAAGAGACGGGAACAUUGAUUGUUGCGCGAAAUGGUGUGGUCAAAGUCACCAUCUACGAUUUCGAUAACGCUCUGCAAGAUGAAGUGUUGGGAUCUGUGGAAAUUCCUUCCACGAGUUUCGCUGACGGAAGUUUCGAGGGAAGGCUGCCGUUGCAGGACGCACAGGCCAAAGGGCAGGCAUCUUUGCAGGUUGGUCUUCGUGUGCUCCGGAAUGUGCAGGCACCGAACAGCGGUUCCACUGCACGAAGCAGUGAAGGAAGUGCAGCUGCUUUGGCUGUGCCGCCUACUCUUUUGCAGGCUUUUCCGGACCUGGCCCUCCCGCCAUGCUUGGAUUCCGUUUGA